CCUAGAUAUCCCUUUCCCCUGUGACAUUACCGCCUCAAAACGAAGAGCUUCUCACCGCUUCGGCUUUUGGGAUCCUCCAUUCCCGCACGCUGCCGUUGAGGUAGAUCUACCUAAGCUAUUUCUUGUGUUAGAUUCAUUGAAAUGGCUGAAACAGAUAAGAACAUUGAGAUCUGGAAGGUCAAGAAAUUAAUCCGGGCUCUGGAAGAAGCUAGAGGUAAUGGCACUAGCAUGAUCUCUCUAAUUAUGCCACCUCGUGAUCAAGUUUCUCGAGUCACUAAGAUGCUAGGUGAUGAAUACGGAACUGCUUCGAAUAUCAAAAGUAGAGUCAAUCGGCAAUCUGUCCUAGGUGCAAUCACUUCUGCUCAGCAGAGACUGAAGCUUUACAACAAGGUUCCUCCAAAUGGACUAGUUUUAUACACAGGAACAAUUGUUACCGAGGAUGGAAAAGAAAAGAAGGUCACAAUAGAUUUUGAGCCGUUCAAGCCCAUCAAUGCUUCUCUUUAUCUCUGUGAUAACAAGUUCCAUACAGAGGCAUUAAAUGAGCUUUUGGAAUCUGAUGACAAGUUUGGUUUCAUAGUAAUGGAUGGCAAUGGCACUCUUUUUGGCACUUUAAGUGGAAAUACACGUGAGGUGCUUCACAAGUUCACAGUUGACCUUCCAAAAAAGCAUGGGAGAGGAGGGCAAUCAGCAUUGCGAUUUGCUCGCCUUCGGAUGGAGAAGCGCCAUAACUACGUCCGCAAGACUGCCGAGCUUGCAACACAAUUUUUUAUCAACCCUGCCACAAGUCAGCCUAAUGUUGCUGGAUUGAUUUUGGCUGGAUCUGCCGAUUUUAAAACAGAGUUGAGCCAAUCUGACAUGUUUGAUCAACGAUUACAGGCUAAAAUUCUUAAUGUGGUUGAUGUCUCUUAUGGUGGUGAGAACGGUUUUAACCAAGCCAUUGAACUAUCUGCUGAGAUUCUGUCAAAUGUCAAGUUCAUACAGGAAAAAAAAUUGAUAGGUAAGUAUUUUGAGGAAAUAAGUCAAGACACUGGGAAGUAUGUUUUUGGUGUGGAGGACACCUUGAAAGCUCUUGAGAUGGGUGCUGUUGAGACCUUAAUUGUGUGGGAGAAUUUGGAUAUAAACAGAUAUGUCCUUAAGCAUAGUACUAGUGGGGAGACCAUCAUAAAGCAUUUGAGGAAGGAUCAAGAAACAGAUCAGAAUAACUUUCUGGAUUCUGCUACCUCUGCAGAGCUGGAGGUGCAGGAGAAAAUUUCUUUGCUGGAGUGGUUUGCAAAUGAAUACAAACGUUUUGGAUGUACCCUUGAAUUUGUUACUAAUAAAUCACAAGAGGGGUCUCAAUUUUGUAGAGGCUUUGGUGGCAUUGGUGGAAUUCUUCGUUAUCAGCUUGACUUGAGAGCUUUUGAUGAGCUGUCAGAUGAGGAAUUUGAGGAAGAUUCUGAAUAGCAAUCAGCCAACCGUUCACUGGAUUCGGUCCAGGGGGAGCCUGUGCUGGCCCCGCCUAUGAUCGAACUUGCUCUCGGGGAUUUCACAUCUCAAAAACUAUAUGAGGGGAACUGCCGAACAGAUUCAGGUGAACAGUGUGAGACAUAGCUGGCUGAAAUGAGAUAAAAUAACUAAGAUGAUAAAGGUUUCUCAGCGAAGGAAGAAAGAUGUGGUGAACAGGGAAAUUCAGGACAAAUUAUUUGAUGGAUAAGACAAGGAGACUGUAGUCACUAAGUUGGAAGAGCUGUCAUCAGACUCGAAGCUUGCAGCUGUUUGCUUAUGAUAAAACUUAAUUAUAUCUACGUCUCACUUUGUGUCCGACUGAUGUGAAACAGCAUAAUUGAGUGAUGUGGCACUCUUAACAAUAUUGUAUUGGAGUUUGAUCAGUUGAACUCCUUGUUUGGAUCGUAAACUGUAUCUUCAGGAAUGGAUUUGUAUGUUUGCAUUUCAGUAAUAUGCCAAGUUUGCAGGAUCAA